AUGACUAAUAAAAUAAAAACAAAAAAUAUUCCAACAAAAAUUAGCAACAAUUUUUCUAUUAAUUUGCCAAAUUCAAAAAAUUUUAUAAAAUUUAAUUUAAUUUUUAUUUUCCUUUCAUUUAACAUAAAAUUAACACAAACAGCUAAUUUAAAUGAAGAAGAAAAAAUUUUGAUAGAAGAAGAACAAAGAAGACAUUCCCUAAGUUUAUUAGAGCCCGAUUUUGCUGAAAAUAUUUUUAAUAGAGAAGGGUCUAAAAACCCAAUAAAAAGGACAACAACAAUUCCUUUGAUAUUUAAUAGACAAGAAGGAAUUAAUAAUAAAGAUCAAAAAAAAUCAAAAGAAUCAACAACAACAACAAAAAAAUCACCCCCAAAAAAGAGACAAAUAAAACAUCGUUUUAUUCGUUCUCCACCAACAGAAUAUGAUGAAUUAAAUCAAGAUUUUUUAAGUGAAUACGAUGCUUUAAAUUUAGAUUUUAAUUUGGAUGAAGAAACAAAAAUAAAUGAAAAAGAAAAUGGAAAAUUAGAAGUUUUGAAUAGAGAAUUUAUUUGGCAAAAUGGGGAAGAUGAACAACAAAUUGUUCAAGAAUUUCCUCCAAAAGAGUGGUGGGAUGGGGAAGAAAUUGGUGAUGAUUUUGGGGAGAAGGAAAAUGGAACAGAGAAAAAAGUUGGGAAAUUUUUUUGGUUAAACAAAUUGGUGAAAAUUAACUACCGUAAAAUCUCUAUUAGUUACCCUCCCUGA